AUGUCCAACCCAAACGAUGGACUCAUAGACACGCCCAACACUGGUACACAAGCAACCCAGCAGCUUGACCAGCACCAAGUAGAUCUAGCUAUCCAAGGCUUUGAACGUCUCUGUGCACAGCAGUCUCGCUGGCCUAGAUUUAUUCCUAAUGGCAUCACAACGGAUAUUUCUAUCGAUCGACUGCGUUCGAAGAGAGGCAUCCACUCUCAUCUGCACUCAAGCCUUCUACCCGAGCUAAAACAACAAGUUCGACGCAUUACGGAAGCUCUGGAUAACCUGGAAAACUGGCUGAAAGAACCGCACUCACAACUCCAACUCGUUCUAGAGAUCCAGCCACACCUGCAUCGCACUUUGGACGAAAUGAUUCAUGCAAUUGAUGACAUCAUUCCCGGCAAUUUACCUGCACCCAAUCAAACCAACGAUCAGUACUUCCAAGAGUUCAAAUGUUACAGACUCGUUGGUCUGGACAGUGCUAUCAGAGGCGAAUUGAGCUGUGCCAUGCUUGAAUUUUUUCAGAGGGCCCGUGGUACUAUCAAGCCCCCGAAAAAAACGGAUCAUUAUGUUUUCCCGGUCUCUUCUCACAAUCUAGACUACUUGAUCGAUGCAGCCAUCAGAUGGCUAAAAGGGUCUGAAUUACACAUUAUUCCGGAUCUUUGGGUCGAAGCCACAUCAAGAAUUGAUUCUGCAGGCGAACAGUAUUCAAACCUUUUCCAUCCGGACCGGGAACCUCCGAUGAGUCGGCCAGCGAUCCAGCUUGGCAGAUCGAUAUUACCGAUCAUUAAACUAUCCAAUCUAUUUUUUGACAAACUAGAAACAGGCGGAAUGAAACAGAAGAGGGUGGCAUUAUUUACAGAGAUGUCUUCUCAUCAACUGAACUUCUUACACCAAUCGGCAGAAGAACUGGGAGCGACUUGUAUGUAUAUGGUAUCGAGGUUGGAAGAAGCCGACACAGAUCCACCAGUCGAUACUUGCUCAGAACUCGUUUGCGAAAUCAAAACACUCUCAGAACUUUUUCAAUCUUAUGUACUUCUCGCAGAACUUUAUAUAGCGCCUUUAUUCCCUGACAUAGACGGGUUGCCUUCACAAAUUUAUUACAGAUCUUGGUUUAUCACUUGGAACAGUUUGUUCUUUACAGCUACCCAUAAUGCUAUCCAAGCUGCCAACUCCUUUGCAGAAAAUCGUUUAUAA